CGAGUGGCCCUUACACCGCACGACAUAGGUAAAAAAUUGUAAGAAAAAAUUACCACGACGAUACUUUCGCUUUUUGUGUCCAGUUUAGUAAAUAUCGCCAAAAAUCUUUAAUUUUCAUUUCUAAAAGUGCUGAUUAUAUGCUGUGAACAAAGAAAAACCAUCGUUGUUCACAAUGGAAGAAGACUGGGAGCAACUGAGUGAGCAGGGGAAGGUUGUACCUCCAGCGAAGAAGCCAAUUGCAAAUAAAUGGGACGGAGAGGACGAAGAAGAAGAUGUCAAGGACAGUUGGGAAGACGAGGAUGAAGUAGAAGAAAAAAAGGAUGAAGAGAAGGUCGAAACUCCGAAAGCGAAACCGAAGAAGACUCUACAACAAAAAAUUGCAGAAAAAGAAAAGCUAAAACAGGAAGAACUAGAACGGCGGAAAAAUGAACAGGCGGAAGAAAAUAUGACUCAGGAGCAAAAACUGGCCGAAAAACUUCGGCUUCAAAAGUUGCAGGAAGAGUCGGACUUAAAGAAUGCCAUGGACACCUUCGGAGUAACAACGAUGGUUGGUGGAAUUGAUGGAAUGUAUCCUACCAAUAAGGAAGAAUUUGCCGAACUGGCUGAAGCGAUUAACAAGAAGCUCUCCAAUUUUAAAAACGACCCGGAGUAUCCAAACUUCCUCGAGGAGCUAGUCAUGAAAAUAUUUGCUAGUUUGCCAUCUGCUAAUAUUAGGAAAGUGAAAGGAGCUUUGGAUAAUUUGUACCUCGAGAAACAGAAAUUGGAGAAGGGUGACAAGCCCAAAAAGAGUAAAGGUGGUAAAAUCAAAGCUAGACUACGAAUGGAUGGUGAAAAUACAAACUUUGAUGAAUAUCCAACAAAGUACGAUGAUUACGACGAAUAUGACGAUUUCAUGUAACAUUCACUUCGGAGAGAGAUAACGUUCGUGAUAAAUUUCGUCAUAUUUCCGAAGUUCGCACAGCAAAUAAUGGAGAACUGCGAUAAAAUAGAACAGGAAUUAAUUUUCAACCUAACAAUGGGUAAAUUGUUAACGGUUUAUCAAUUGCAGGAAUAAUCGUUGAUAGAUUUGUUUGCUCUACUAUAAUCAUUAAUAGGAUCUAGCAGCUCCGUAGAAAACGUUUAGCUUUUAUAGUUUCUUUAUUAAAAUUAUCAAAUCAAAAACAACGUAAUCAUUAACGUUAGCCAAGUAAGAAUCAUUUUACAGCCAGCUCGUUUUGCAUCUCUGUUUCAUUGUGACGUUAGUCAAGCAAGAUAACAUUAAACUGUUCUAUAUUUUAGAAAGCUUGUUUUUAUCAGAUUUAUAAUGCUGGUGGGUAGGCAUAGAAAGUGAAGAGUAAGUUGGUUCUACAGGACAUCCCAUCAAUCGCCGCGCAAUGGAAGGAUGACUGUUGCCGAGUCGAUUUUAUUGGUAUCGAGCCUACUUGAUGUAAAUAAAAGAACUCUCGGUUUAUUGUCAGAAAGAUA